CUGUCAGUUCAGUUCAGUUCGGCCACGGCCAGCAAGACGCUCGUUCUGCCAUUGCCAUGCCCCAGUUCUUUAAAUUUUCUAAGCUUCGAACAAAGCGUCGUCGCUCAUCUUCCGCUUCCUCUGUUUUUGUGUCCAAGCAGAUGAACUAUGAUGGCUUGCUAUCGAAGUUAACCGACGAGAAACUGAUGAUCUUCGACACCGGCGAGGGAACAAUUGUGGAAGGCAGCCGGAUGGGAGCGCAGGAUUUGCCACUUGUGGAGGAUGGAGCCGUCGAGGAGGAGCAGGCAGCUCCCAUACAGACGAUACCAAGAAAUGUCUUUGCAGUUCCGCGCGUUCCCUCUCCAACGCCCUGUCCCUCCCCGUCCCCCGCUCCCGCCCCCGUUCCCGUGACCAUGUCAGGUGCGAAUUUGAACCUCAAGUCGGAAAGUGCUGCUACAGCAACGCCGCAACGCAAAAUAUCGACGUCAUCACGUUUCAUGAAUGCCUUCAGUCAGCUAUAUAGUGGCGGUAACAGUAGCGGGGCCAGCUGUGGUCACGUGGAGCCAGCCCACAGUGAAGACCCCAACCGAACGCCCACCAAAGGUAUGGAAUCCAAGCUGGUGGCGAUGUGGCACAACGUCAAGUACGGCUGGAGCGGAAAAAUGCGGCAGACGAGCUUCUCUAAGGAGCAGCCGGUGUGGUUACUGGGACGAUGCUACCAUCGACGCUUCACGCCGCCAGUGAGCAUGGAGAGCUCCACUACCGAAAUGGAUUCCGCGCCCGACAAUGCUACCUCGGCGUUCGACAGCAUACAAGCCACAUCAACAUCCACAUCGCUGUACCCAACUUUAAAUCCGCAAAACAUUGACGAAAUCGUUGUGCCGCAGGAGUUGGGAAUGGAUGCAGUGGAAAACCAAGUGGGUGAACAUCCUUGGGAAGAGGGCAUCGAGGGCUUUCGACGUGAUUUUUAUAGUCGUAUUUGGAUGACGUACAGACGAGAGUUUCCAACGAUGAACGGUUCCAACUACACAUCGGAUUGCGGCUGGGGCUGCAUGCUGCGGAGUGGCCAGAUGCUUCUGGCCCAAGGACUGAUUUGUCACUUCAUGGGACGCACUUGGCGCUAUGAUUCAGAGUCGCAAUUGCACUCGACCUACGAGGAUAACAUGCACAAAAAGAUCGUCAAGUGGUUCGGUGACAGCUCCUCGAAGAGUAGCCCCUUUUCUAUCCACGCCCUGGUUCGGUUAGGUGAGAACCUGGGCAAGAAGCCCGGGGACUGGUACGGACCUGCCUCUGUCUCCUAUUUAUUGAAACACGCCUUAGAGCAUGCCGCUCAGGAAAAUGCAGACUUUGAUAAUAUAAGCAUCUAUGUGGCCAAAGAUUGCACAAUCUACAUUCAAGAUAUAGAGGAUCAGUGUAGUAUUCCGGAACCGGCCCCCAAGCCGAAUGUGCCUUGGCAACAGGCGAAGCGACCGCAGGCGGAAGCCUCGAAGACGGAGCAUCAGCAACACUGGAAGUCUCUGAUUGUGCUCAUACCGCUACGGCUUGGAAGUGAUAAGCUUAAUUUGGCUUAUGCCCACUGCCUGAAGCUGCUCCUGAGCACGGAGCACUGCCUUGGGAUCAUCGGCGGGAAGCCCAAGCACUCGCUCUACUUUGUUGGCUUUCAGGAGGACAGACUCAUCCACCUGGACCCGCACUACUGCCAGGAGAUGGUAGAUGUGAACCAGGAAAACUUCUCGCUGAACUCGUUUCAUUGCAAGUCGCCCCGCAAACUCAAGUCUAGCAAAAUGGAUCCUAGCUGCUGUAUUGGGUUCUACUGCGCCACAAAGAGUGAUUUCGACAACUUUAUGGAAAGCGUUCAACUGUAUUUGCAUCCCAUGCGCUGCGCUUCGGGGGCCACAGUGGAUAAGAUGGCCGGAUCUCAGCAGGUGCCCCCUCAAUCCCUACAACAACUAUCCGAGCAAAUAGAUAUGAACUACCCCCUGUUUUCGUUCUCAAGGGGUCGUUGCUUGGACCACGAGCGUGAUGAGAUGAGCGAUUCUCUUUAUAAACCGCUCAUCAAACAGGUGGCAAACAUGGCGCAGGAACAGGGUGUUCAGCUGAUGCCUCCGCAGGCACUCGAUGACAAUGAACAAGACGAUAGUGAAAGCGAAGAGUUUGUGCUGUUGUAGAUCGUUCUCAUUUCUGUGCCCGUGUCCGUUCCUGAUCCCGAUCCCGUUCCCUACGUGAUUAUUAUUAGCUGUGUUAUUUGCUCAAUAUUAUUUGAUUUAGUUGCUAACCGCCGUUGCUCGCUUGCUCGCCUAGAACCGCUAGAAAAACCCAACAGACCCGUAUCUCAAACACAAAGACUUUGUUAUAAUUUUACGCAUACCCAUGUAGUACAUAGACCCCGUUCAUAUAUCUUGAAUAUUUACCGAUGUCCACGUUAAUCUCUCUUUUGUUCGACUUUUUGUCGCGUUCUCGCAUUCUGCCAAAGUUCUCCCUGAUUCCCCGACAGCAGUCCCCACAGAUGCGUCUGUAGAUUACAUAGUCUUAUGUAAUUUGAGGUAUUAUUAUUUUAAAUCAUGAAUCUUUAAUGGAAUUGAAUCAUUUUACAAAAUGGUGCCACAACUUUGUCACUGUUCUCGCAAGUAUUUCAUGUAGUCCUUACGUUCUAGAACUUAGCUAAUUUAUAUAAGCCGUCUUGUAAUUGUUUGAUCAUUAAUUAGUUUUAACAUCAAAUUGUAUAUACCCUCGAUUAAAUUAAUAAAUAAAUUAAUUAUCCUAAACACA